ACCUGAACGCCAUAAACUGGAACUACCUAGGUUGAGUAGCAAGUCUGAUUCGAAGGAAUGCAAAUGUUGCAUUACAUGUGUUUUUCAUCUAGAUAAGAAUAAAGGGGCUGCUACCUAACCAACUCUAAUAUUCUUCUUUAAUUAUUCUUCCUAGUCGUACUUCCUACACUACAAAUGCUGCCAGGUGGUAAAUAAAUACGACAGCUGUCAAAGCUCACAGUAAGCGGCUUCAAUUAUGUACCUCCACAUGGAGAAGAGGUAGUUAGAGCUCGUCUUACUUUUGCACCAUCGUCUACAUCAUCCAGUUUGAAUACAUUGACAAUGGCUCCAUCACCUCUACCUGAAUUCGUAUACAAGAUCGUGCCUUCGGCACCCCCAUCGCCAAUCCCAUCUGAGUAUCCCCGUUCGGAGCUCGACCAAAAAGAUGGGUUUGUCCAUCUGAGUGUCGGUUCGCAAAUUCCCAUAACGGCAGACCUCUUCUUCAAAGAGGCAACGUCUAUCUGGGUUCUUAAGCUCCGGUUUGCUCCCAAGUUUCACUCUGCGACGACGUGGGAGAUCGAAGGGUGCCCGCAUCUAUACGGCAACUUCGGCGCCGAGGACGUCGACAGUGUUAAGCAGCUCACGCGAUUGGAUGGUGAGAGCUGGAAGGAAUCGUUGAAGAAGGAGAGUGGCUGGCUGGUUUAACCUCCCCCCUUCCCCCUUUACCAACAAGCAAGUUUAGGACUUCGGUACCACAGCGGCUAUUAUUUGGAUAAGACACAUGCGCUAUUCAUCUUAUAGUUUAUGGCUUGGCGCUGGCAGAUGUCAUUUAGUUCCUGAAACGUUCUCAUCUAACGAAUUGAUGUUGUUAAGCUAGCCGUAUAUAAGUCUAUUGUCAGAAAUCAGCAAUAAGUCGCUAGUAGAAACCGUUUACCUUCACGGCCUUUAAGAAAAAUUCAUCUCAU